UAAAACAGAGUGUGGGAAAUAAGAGAGAGAGAGAGAGGGGUCACGCUGUCGUCCCCGGCGAAAAUUCCUGCACAGAAGCAACUCAUCUGAGUGUUCUACAUAAAGGGGAGGCAUUUCUCCCCUCUCAAAUCGAUCUGAGCAUCUGGGUUGUCUACCUCUCUCUACAAAACCCAACAGAAGUUUCAGGAAAUCGUGAAAACCAGAUAACGGAAAGACAGACAGACACAGAGACAGAGAUCUUUCGAGUCAUCUCUCUCGGAAACCCAGAGUAAUUCCGAGGAACAGAGACAGAAUAGUCUUGGUUGGGAAAUCAGAAUAUGGCCUCGGAGUUGAUUUACAGAGGCCAUGAGACACAACCUCAGGUGGACGCGUAUUCUCCGAAGCCCCUGAAGCCAUGGUUCGCUGUAACUCGCCCAAUUCGCUACAUGCUUCGCGAGCAACGUCUCAUCUUCGUGCUGGUCGGCAUGGCCAUCGCCACCCUCGUAUUCACGCUGCUGCCUUCCUCACCUCCGAAGGCUGGCCACAACUACUACCCAAUACCGGAGACGUAUUUCCCGACAGGGGUAUCCAAUGCACUCAGCCAUAGAGUUGGGUUGCAGCACCGCAUCCUUGGGACUACGAAUCCCGGAGGGAAGAUACCGCUGGGGCUGAAAAGGAAGGGGCUGCGGAUCGUGGUGACUGGUGGGGCCGGCUUCGUGGGGAGCCACCUGGUGGACCGACUGAUCGCGAGGGGAGACAGCGUAAUCGUCGUCGAUAAUUUCUUCACCGGGAGGAAAGAGAACGUAAUGCACCAUUUUGGGAACCCCAGAUUCGAGCUGAUACGCCACGACGUGGUGGAACCCCUACUGUUGGAGGUGGAUCAGAUCUACCAUCUGGCAUGCCCUGCCUCGCCUGUGCAUUACAAGUUCAAUCCAGUCAAGACCAUCAAGACGAAUGUAGUUGGAACUCUCAACAUGCUGGGGCUGGCGAAAAGGGUCGGUGCCCGAUUUCUGCUAACGAGUACCAGUGAGGUGUACGGUGAUCCUCUGCAGCACCCACAGGUGGAGACUUACUGGGGAAACGUGAAUCCCAUAGGUGUUCGGAGUUGUUACGACGAGGGCAAACGCACGGCCGAGACUUUGACCAUGGAUUACCACAGAGGAGCUAACGUUGAGGUUAGAAUUGCUAGGAUCUUCAACACGUAUGGACCUCGGAUGUGCAUCGACGAUGGUCGCGUCGUCAGUAACUUGGUUGCUCAGGCAUUAAGGAAGGAACCAUUGACAGUUUACGGUGACGGGAAGCAAACCAGGAGUUUUCAAUACGUUUCCGAUCUUGUGGAGGGUCUGAUACGGCUGAUGGAAGGGGAACAUGUAGGGCCAUUCAACCUUGGGAAUCCCGGGGAGUUCACGAUGCUGGAACUUGCCCAGGUGGUACAGGAGACAAUAGACCCGAAUGCAAAGAUAGAGUUCAGGCCCAACACAGAAGACGACCCGCACAAGAGGAAGCCAGACAUCUCCAAGGCCAAGGAGCUUCUGGGAUGGGAGCCCGUCAUCUCGCUGCGCAAGGGUCUUCCCCUCAUGGUCUCUGACUUCCGCCAGCGCAUCUUUGGCGACCACAAAGAUAACAUCUCCUCUUCAUAAUAAAAAUAUUCAGUCACAGAGAGACCCUAUCCUGAACCUGAACUGAAUAAUUAAAGUUGGAACCUCAGCAGAAGCCUUUCCCCUACAACCCACUUCCUUUUUAAUAGUUACAGUGAUUUGCUACCUUCCGGCAUUUGUUUAUCUUCUUUCUGUAAUUUUUUUUUCUUCAUUGAAAGUUUUAACAUGAAUCAUAGGCAGCGAGUUUAGCAAAUGCAUGUUCCCUUUUCAAAGUAAAUAGAGAAGUAGAAACGACCAUUGUUUUUUUUUCUA